GAGAACAAUGACCUCAAAGCGGGCGCACCCACUGGGGUACCCAUGAGCAGCAGUGGGGGCAGCAUGAAGACGAGCUUCUUGGACCCCAAGAAAACAAGUCUGAGCCGAAAUGCAACCAGCUCCGAGCUCCUGGAUGUCAAACCAAAUCCUGCGUUGAUGAGGAAGUCCAGUGCUCCAGCUCUGGCCGUGUCAGAAAUCACAGGUAGGUUUUUAAAACAAUCCCGUGGAUCAAUGAUUUUCUUAAUGAGAGGACAGUCUCCCAAAGAUUCAUGUUUCAAAUCAUUUAAUACCUUUAGGUUGUGCCAUUAUUUAGAUAGAUUCGACACUUGUUAAUUAUAGGUGUUUAUCAAUCUAAGUUUAUCACAAAAUAAAUUGUAACUAACAUAUAGUUACAGAGUUACUUUAAACCUUACAUAAAAUGUAGUAAAAAAAUCUUGUUGAGGUUUUAAAUGUCAACUUAACAUACCUUUAACAAAAAAACAAACAAAGCAUAUUGACUUUGGUGAACAAGAGGCAAAACUUCAAGACAAUGUACCUGCCAAUGUUUGACUUUUCCAUGUCACACGUGUUAGUGUGCUACGUAACAUAGGUUACUUUCAAAGUUGCAGUUGAGUAACAAGUGUUGAUAAAACUGUGAAGCAAAGAAAGUAAUAAAUUUUUCAGUUAUUGUAAUUUUAAAUAAUACACAAUUUCAAUAUGGUAAAUCAUGUAUACAUAUUCAUCAUUUUAUUUUUUCAAUACUUCCAUGAAUUAUGUGUGUUACGCAGUAGCAAUGUUAAAGUCUGAUAAAAGGAAGUUGGUAUAUUUUGGACAGUUAAGGACAUGUUCAUACUAUACCAUUCCAUAUCAACUAAAAGAUUAGUACAUAAUAAAGGGUCUAAAGGCAGCGUGGAGCCAUUUACGACAGUCACAUGGACAUACUUGUCUGGUGUUCAACUGAGUGUACCGAUUGUCAUUUUGCUGCCUACAUGAAUGUCACAUCUUGUCCCACCAGGUGACUACAAGAGAAGACGACACCACAGCCAGAGGUCAGUGGAGGACGAUGAUGCGGCUGUAGAAGACUGUACGCUGAUGGAGCUCAGCAACACCAUUGAGAUGCAGGGGGCAAACUUUUCAUGGGAGCUCAGCAAGCAAGACGUCACUCUCAAGGAUAUCACUAUAAAAAUACCCACAGGUCUGUGCACC